UUUUUUUUUUACGUUCUCAUAACGAAGGAAGGUCGUAUGGAAAAUAAUACAUUAUCAUUCACAUUUCAUAUUCUUUUGCCAGAGAACAUUGAAGAAAAUGGUCAGCCCGUAGUUCUUGGCAAUGUAAAAGAAUUAGGAUCUUGGAAUAAUCCUAUCGUAAAACUUCGUCAACCAUUCCCUCAAAAUCCAACAUAUUGGAAAUCCGAUCCAGUUGCUAUUUCGGUAUCAAAUUUUGGAAAUGUUCAAUAUAAUUAUGCUAUUCAUACACCUAAAUUCACGUUAUUUGGAAGAGAAGGAAAAAUUAUAUUUGAAGGAAUUGAUGUUCAAGAUAGGCGCACAUUGAAUAUUAAGAUAACUGAUCAAUUUGAUAUAUGGAGAAUACGCGGAUUUGCCUUUGUAGAUUAUAUUUACGAUUCUACUGAGGUUAAUAAUUUUAAAGAUAAAGUUGUGGAAUAUCAACGUUUAUUAAUUCUUCAUAAUGAUCUAACGAUACGCGCGUCAAAUCCCAAAUUUAUUAUCAAUCGAAUCGAUAAUAACCUUAAAGGAAAACGAUUAUUUUUAUGUAUUCUCUUAGGGUAUUAUAUAUCAAAAAGAGAAGGUUCUCCUUAUGUAUUACUUGAUAAUUUCCCAUCUAACUUAUUACUUAAUGCUUUUGAGGAUUAUAAACAAGAAAUUUUACCUAAAGACUCCAAAGAUCAAAUGUAUACUGCUAUCUUAACUUUAAUCAAGCAUAAUGCUUUUCAGAUGAAAUUUGAUUGGCUCAUUAUUUUUACAAUCGCUUCUGAAGUUGAUCCUGAUUACACCUUCAUUGAUCAUUUAAAAGCCUUAAAAUAUUCUGAUGAAAAUUUAACAAAAUUUAUUAAAAGUUGUAAAAUGAUUAAAUCUUAUAUUGAAAACAUUAAAUUAGAAUCUUACGUUAAAAUUGCAAAGUGGUUAAUCCCAUUAUGUCACAAUAUAGACUCUCUUUUAAAAAUUUGGAAUGAUAUUCUUUUUCAUAACAACGAAAUUGAUGAUAGUCUUUUUAAGUGUUUUAUUGACCGAAUUCAAAAAUUUAUUUCUAAUGAUGAAGCUGUUGACUUAGAAUACCACUUUAAAAGCCUUUCAAAAGAUCAUCGAAACCGUAGUUCGGGAGUUUUCCGUGAUCAAGUUAUAUUUUUACUUAAAAAUCCAAAUAGAAAGUGGACAUAUGAAAAUAUCGAUGCUAUUAAAAAAUUAUUACAUGAUAAUAGUCUAAAUUGGCAGAGAGAUGAAAUUAUUCAAACAUUAGAGUUAAUAUCUCAGUCACGUACUUUGAAAUUAUUAAAUAUAUUUCCAGAAAUUUUAGACGAUUGGUUCCGUAGUGAUUUUUCUGAUACCAAAGAAGAAAAGAUACCAAAAAUUUGUGCAAUUUGGUUUAAAAAUCUUCUCUCCAAACUCAAUACAAUUACAAACAAUAAAAAUGAUAGCAAUUUUAUUUUUUCGGUAUUUCAACAAUUAGAUUUUAUGUAUCCUUUGCUCGGUCAAAGAAUUAAUAUUUGGCGAGAUUUAACAGCAAUUGCCAUAGAUAGAGUAAAGGAUUGUUCAGAAGAUCAAAUAUUUUCUGCAACAAAAUUAAUAGUACAAAUAAAGCAAGACAAUGUUAAAGAACUAUUUUUAGAGAUGGUAAAGGAUAUAUUAACUAUUCAACAAACUUAUGAUCAGUUGUUAAACAAGAUACGCAUUAUUUGCGAUUGCAAAACAACCAUGACUUUAGACGUUCCAAACAUGAUAAGCGAAGACAUUUUAUAUUAUAUAAUGACUUAUUUACAAAAAGCAUCUAAGACUUCGGGACACCAUAAUACUAUUUUAAAAUACAGCAACUUUUGGAAUAUUAUAUUACGCGCUACUGGAAGCGUCACAAAACUCAACUCAAACCCAUUUAUGAAAAAUAUUAAAACGUCUAUUAACGAACUCGCUGGAUUACUUAUUGAAAGGACGAUUGACCUAAAAUUAUUACAACAAAUUUUAAAAUAUGAUGACGAAUAUCUUUUUCGACAUUUUGAUUCGGCUGUUCCAAAAAAGAAAGCUUUAGGAGAUGUAGUUGUUUCUAGAGAUGAAAUUGAAACACUUAGAAAGGUAUAUGAUUAUUAUCAAAUUAAACUCGAUAUGCUUUCCAAGUUUUAUAGCAGAUUUUGUCCAUCCGAGAAGGUAAAAGAUGUAACGAAUUAUAUUCGAGAUGUAAAACAGAAUCUGCAAAGUUUAGAUAAAAUAAAGGCGAAACAAGUGUUCUUAUCGGAUCAUUGGGCAUUUCAUGAGAAAACUUUAGACAGUGCAAGAAAUUGUUAUAGAUUUAAUCGAUCUCAAACUUUUCGAAAUAUCUUCGAUUCUUGUAUUAAAAAAGAUGCUGCCGCAGUAAACGUAGAAUACAUAGCACAAAAAUUAAUUCCAAACGUUUUUAUAAAGUACAAUGCUAUUUGUAAACAACUUAAAGAUUGGGAAAAGCUCAAAUGCUCAGAAGCAACUUUGUUUUGGAAAAAUGUUAUGGAUAUUAAUGUAGAACUUGAUUUGAUAAAAGACUACAAAAUCUCUAGAAGUCAAAAAUUUAUGCAAACCCUUGAUUAUGUUAUAAAAAUUCCUCAUUGGAUCCAACGACUUGAAGAGCUAGAAAAAGUUGUGGAAAUGAAAGUUUUCAAAAUACCACAUGAUGAUGAUGAUUGGUUAUCAAAAGCAAUUAGUAAUUUAAAAGGUGAUUCCAUGAAGCUUGGGCAAAUAAAUAAUUUCUUCGAUUGCCUUAGUAAAAAUCUUUCAGAUAUCAAUCAUGAUUGUUGGAAAUUGAUAAAAGAAUUGUCAAGAGCUGAAGAAUUUUUUAGUUUCAUAAAGAAAAUUGCCGAACAUGAUAUUAAAAAUUUGAUUAAUGGAGUGGAUGAUAAUUUGGAUGGAAGAUUGAUUCAAGAGAAUACUAUUUCAUCUCUUAUUGAAGUUAAACAAUUUUUAUUUCCUCUUAUGAAUAAAAAUAUGGAAUCUAUUUCUGAUUUGUUAAAAGAAUUACUAAAUAUCAUUAAGAAGAACCAUACAUUAGGAGAAAAGAUUGCAUUAUGUAAUGGUAACAAUAUGGCAUUACAAAAUAUUUACAAUAAUAUUCAAAAUCGUGAAGAAGUAACUAAAGAAAAAAUCAAAAAUGCUGUACUUAAUGGAACCUUUACAUUUACACGUGACCGAAAAGAAGACAAAUGUUUAGUUUCUUUACAAUAUCCCUCUAAAUUUAACGUGAAGUAUAAUUUAAAGGAAAUUUUAGAUUUACGUGGACGAGCUCUUUUGAUUGUUUCAAAACCAAAAAAUACUGUUGUGAUAAAUAACAAAGAGACAGAAAUGUUUAAAGAUGUUAUAGAUAGAUUCGUUACCCAAGUUGAUGUUGCACUAGAAAUAAUUAGCACUGUAUCCAUGUUAAUACAAAUUGGACAUUUUGAUUUUAUAAAAUUUGAAAUUAAAUUACAAGGAACUGAUAUGAAAGAUUAUCUGGAAUUUUUAAAAGAAGAAAUUAAGAAUUGGCAAGAUGUAAUAGAUCGUGCGCAGGAAAAUUGUUACUAUUUAACGUUCUUUACUGCUCGUCAUGUAUUGUCAUUUUAUGAUUAUUUCACAUCGGAAAAAUCAGAUGAAGAAAAUGAAGAGGAAUGCAAAACAUUGAUUAGAUUUGUAAACAGCAAAGCUCAAUUGCCAUCUCAUAAGGAUAUUCAAGGAAUUUCACGCGAAUCUAAAGAUUAUUUCAAAGUUCUUUGCGAAAUUGGAAAUGGAUUAGAAAAAAUUUUUACGAGUAUUCCAAAACAAUCACGUAAACUUAAAGCGACUGGACAAGGCAUAAUUAUAGAUCUAGUUAGGAAGGGUGAAUUAUUUGUCGCUUCUUAUACUGACAAAACACGAACUCCAAAUAUUAUCAUGUCAUUAUAUGCUAAUUAUGGAUCUUAUCCCGAACCGUGGCAACUUUUGAUAUGUACUACUUCAACUACGAUGGAAGAAUUAGCAAAUUUCAUAAGAAGAAGUUUAUUCGCAUCGAAUAAUGGAUAUGAAAAUCGUUUAUUUUGUAUUGCAAAUUUGGAAUCGUUAGAUAUUGAAUUACAAUAUUAUUUUGUAGACUAUGUUAAAAAAAUGCAAUUGAAAUAUACAAAUGAAAGUUACCUUUUGGCAUUUCUAUGUUGUCAACAAACUGGAAGAUCUACUAAUUAUAUUUUAGAUCAUUAUUCUUUAGAAGUUCGAGAGAUUGACGAAUUAAAUGUAGCAACAUUGCAAGAAGUUUAUCAGGAAUUGUUUUCAAAUAUAACAUGUGUUUCUUCCGAUUUAUCCGGCCAAGGGAAAACUGAAUGGAUUAGAGAAGUUAGCCAUUCUAAACUAAAAAUUCCACUUUUCUUAAUCAGCGAUAAUAUGGAUUUUAAAUAUCUUGCAAAUAAACUUAAAAAAUGCAGCCUCUCACAGGAACAAAGUUUACAUAUCAAUAUUUUAUCAGCUGAUUGUCCUGAAGAUGUGAAUUUAUUUUUAUUUGAAUUAUUGACUUUUAAAAUAAUUUUACAUGAUAAUGUAAUAGUCUCAAUUCCUGCUGAAACUUUUAUUUUUAUUGAAAUAGCUUCUUCAAUAAAACAUAAUUUGCUUAAUAUUCAUCCUUUUAUAAGUUAUUUACCUUUUAAGCAUUUAUCUUGGAAUAUUAAAGACUUUAAAGUGUCUCAAAUAAUAACAAGUCCGAUUCAAGUUGUUUGUUACUUUUUGAAUUUAUAUGAUAAUGGAAAAGUUGAUACAGAAGAAAUUUUCUCUGAAGGAACAGAAUUUAUCGAAGAUCCUUUAUCAGAAGAAGUAUGCCAAAAUCUUAUUAUAAAAUAUUUUUUGAGUGAAAGUGGCAAAACUAAAUUGUCUUUUAAAUAUAUUGAGAUUUUUGUCAAUAUUUUAGCGGAUCAAUUAAUUAGAUUCUCAUCAAAUAAGGAUUUCACACUAAACAAUUUGAUAGGAGAAACUAGCGCCAAUAUCGCUAAUUCCAGAUCAACAAUAAUUAAGUUAUUAUUAUACACCUCAAAAGAUUUAGUAAUCCAAACUAUUAAAGCAAAGUCAGACCAACUUAAAUUUUUAACUAUUAAAUAUGAAGAUGAGAUUGUUCGAUCUUAUGAUUCAAACGAUUUCACAUCAUUUUUUGAUUAUCAAAAUUCUCUCUCAUUAUUUUAUCAUUGUAAAGAUAAAGUUCCCGAUAACAUUAAAUUAUUGCUAAAACUUCAGUCACCUGGUGAUGGGGAAUUGGCUGAUUUUAGUACAAAUAUAGAAUUAGAAACAAUAUUAAAGGAACUUCCUAAUUAUGCUGUGACUAUGGAUAAUCAGAUGAAGAUGGCCUUAAUUCGUUUAAGAGUAAAAGCAAACAUUCCAGUUGUGAUUUGUGGUGAUGCAGGAUGUGGCAAGACAAGUUUAAUUGCCUAUUUGGCAUUGGUUGUUGAAGCUCAAUUCUUGACUCUUAAUCUUCAUGCUGGAAUUGAUGAAGAAACUAUUAUGAUAUUUAUGAAUGAUGCUUUGAAAAAAGCAGAAAAAGAUGAAACGUGGAUAUUAUUUGAUGAAAUAAAUACAUGUAAUCAUUUAGGAUUACUUGCAGAGUUAUUAUCUAAUAAAAAAUUUAAGGAUAAACCUAUACAUUCAAAUGUUCGAUUAUUUGCUACAUGUAAUCCAUACCGUCUUUGUACAGGAAUUCAAAGUGAGGCAAGUAAAGAUAAAAGAUAUGAUGAAAAUCAAAUUAAUCUUGUUUAUCAAGUUAAACCACUUCCUGAUCAAAUUUUGAAUUAUGUUUGGGAUUUUGGUAUUAUAAAAUCAAAUUAUGAACGUAGAUACAUUCAAAUUAUUGUUGAAAUGGAAUUAACAAAUAAUUUAGCACAUCCCGUAUUUUCUGAACUCUUAUUUGCUUCUCAAAAUUUUAUACGAAAAGUAGAGGAACCAUAUAGUGUUAGUUUACGUGAUAUUAAACGAGCUAUAACGUUGGUGAAAUUCUUUUAUAAUUCCCUUGGGAAUCGUCCGGCUUACGAAGAGGAACAUAAAUAUCCACCACUUGGAAAUCCAACAAUAAUAAUUAGAUCUUAUAUUUUAGCACUUAGUAUUUGUUAUCAUUCUCGAUUAUAUAAUCAAGACUUACGUAAACAAUAUCGUUGUGAAAUGGAACAAAUAUUACGAAAUCACGAAAUUUAUAUAGAAGAAAAUAUGUUUUCUAAAAUUAUUUGUGAAGAACAAGAGGAUUACAUUAAUAGAAUGCAAUGUCCACCUGAUGUGGCAAAUAAUGAAGCUUUAUUAGAGAAUGUUUUGGCUACGAUUGUAUGCAUUUUGACACGUAUCCCUUUGUUUCUUAUAGGGGCUCCUGGUUCUUCAAAAUCUUUGGCAAUUCGCUUAAUAAAUUCGAAUUUACGUGGAUCUGGUUCGAAUGAUAAAUAUUUUAGAACGUUACCACAGAUUUACUUAAUUCCAUAUCAAUGCACUUUAUCUUCAACUUCAGAUGGUAUAAUGAAAAUUUUUGAUAAGGCAAAUAGAUAUCAAAAAACGGCCUCCAAACAAUUUCCCAUUGCUAGUGUUGUUUUACUUGAUAAUGUCGAUUUGGCUGAAGAAAGUCCUUUUAAUCCAUUAAAAGUACUUCAUUCUCUACUUGAACCAAGCUACCCGGCUACAGAACAAGCUGUUUCGGUGAUUGGAAUAUCUAAUUGGCGUCUAGAUAUUAGUAAAAGUAGUCGCGCAUUAAUUGUUCAAAGGCCACAAAUUAAUUUAGAUGAUUUAGUCGAUACUGCUGAAUGUUUAUUAAAUACAAGAGCUAUUGGACAUGGACAGAAAGUUGCAUUAGAACCUUUAGCUAAGGCAUAUUCAAAUUUUGAAAAAUAUGAUCAAGCUUUGUCUAACUUCCACGGACUUCGUGAUUAUUAUGCACUGGUUAAACGGCUUUCAAUAAACGAAAUGACUCCAGAAAAUAUUCAAAUGGCAUUGGCCCGUAAUUUUGGAGGGACACAAAAUCAUGUCAAAUUAUGCGAAAAAUAUUUUGGAAAUGUUCUAGAAUUAUUUAAUAAUCAUAAUUCAUGGUCAUAUAAACAAAUUCCAAUCGAAAAAUUAAUUGAUUCAAAUUUAAAUGAUUCAGAUGCACGUCAUUUAAUGAUUAUUGGUAAAAGUGAUUCAAUUGUAAAUUUGUUAACUUAUCAUUUAAGAAAAAGAAAUUUGGAUUCAGUUGUAAUUUUAGGAUCACAAUUUCCUAAUGAUCGGAAUGAUUACUCUUAUAAUGUUUUAAAUAGAAUAAUGAUGUGUGUCGAAACAGGCAAAUUAUUGAUAUUAACAGAUUUAGAAAUUAUUUAUGGUAAUCUUUAUGAUUUAUGGAAUCAAAAUUGUAUUGGAGUAAGAGAUAAGGAAAAGAUUAAUUACUUUACACGUGUUGCGCUUGGAGCCUAUGCUUAUCCUAUGUUUUAUGUUUCGCCAAAUUUUAAAUGCAUUGUUGUUAUGGAUGAGAAUAAUUUAGCAUCAGUCGAUCCUUCGCUUCUUAAUCGAUUUGAAAAACAAAAAUUAUCGAUAAAUGACAUGCUUGAUGAUAGACAAAAGUUGCUUGUAAAAUAUUUAUACAAUUGGACAAAUCAAAUUACAACUUUGGUUAAAGCUAAUUCGAUGACUGGCUUACAUAAUAAAUUCGCCCAAGAGGAUUUAUUCAUUGGAUUUGAUAAAAAUGAAACUUUACAAAGUUUAAUAUUUAACAUUACAAUGAAUAACCCUGAAGCUAAUGAUAAUGAGAUUUUAGAAAAAUGCAAAGAAUCACUAAUUGCAAUAGCGUCUCCUGAUGGAAUUAUAAGAGCAGAAUUAUCAAUUUUGGAUCAAGAUGAAGUUGAUCGAUGGAAAUAUGUUUAUUUCAAACAUCAUCAUCACAAUGGCCUUUUCAAUUAUUUUGACGCUUUAUUUGAUCAAGAAAAAUUAUCUGCGGAUUCCAAAGGACAAUUAGUAAUUAUAAACACAUUUUCUAAGAUAAAUAUAAAAUUUAAAUCUUGUUUACAAGAUUAUUUAAAAUGCCAAGUAUAUAAUUUAUCGACCAUUAAGACCGAAGUUCAAAUAACAAAUGUAGUGAAAAAUUUCUUUUUUGAAUCAAAUGAUAAGGUUUUAAUUCUUCAAUGCGAUAUUAAUACUAUUAAUACUAAAUGUAUCAAGUUAGUAAAGUAUAUUAUUGAACAGUUUCGAAAUGAAUUUUUGGCUGAGAAAGAGAAGUGUGAAUCAAAUAUGCCUAUUAAAUACGCAUGUAUAAUAUUUCAUAUUCAACGAGAUUAUGAACCAAGUUUGAUAAAAUCUAACUUUAUUUGCGGAUGGAAUAGAAUUACUAUUGAAUCUUUAGAACCACCGGAAAUACCAUUAAUAGAUCUACUGGACAAAUCUUUACAUGAUAUAAUUAAUUCGGAACUUUUUGAUAAGAUAGUUAAUUCAACGAUGCCGUUUGAAAGAAUUUUAGAGGAAUUAUUAUUGCAAGAACAUUAUCAUUCUAAUGAAAGUCAUAUGGACCCUAUUAGGAAAGAAAUUUUAAAUGACUCUCAUAUCAUGAAAUGUAUAAAAACAAAAACGUUCGAAUGGAUAUUAGGGAAUUACAAAAAUUGGCAAUGUGGAGCAGCUCUAAAUAAAAAGGAUUUAUCAAUGUUUACUUGUUUUUCAAUAGUACUACAAAAUUAUAUAAAAAAAAUUAUCAAGCAUACAAUUUAUAAGAUCUUAUAUUCAAUUGAAAAAUUACCGGAAAUUGAAAGAAUUUUCAAAAAUGAAAGUAAUGAAAAAGAAGUCGUUCAUCUAUGGAAACAAUCCUUUAUAGAUAAAAUAGUUAAAAUCAAUUAUUUAUUUGAGCAAAGGUUAUCAGUAGUUCCAUCUGAAAUGAUUGAAUUUCCUUUUUCAUAUUAUUUUCUAAUUAAUUAUUAUAAAAGGUAUUAUUAUGAAGAAUUGGAUAUAUUAACACAAGACUCCGAAAAUAUUCAGGAAUUAAUUGAAGAUCAUAUCGGAGAUUUUAGAAAUAACUUGAUUUUUAUUCAUCCAAAUUUUGACAAUCUACAAAAAUGCUCAGAAUUAUAUUAUGAUGAUUUUAUUAGAAUUAUUUUAUCAACUUAUUCUAUAAAAUCAGCUAGUAAAGAAAAAUUGGAUUUUAUUUUUAGGUAUUUAAUUGGAGAUAAAUUUGCUGAUGAUCCAUUUAUUCUUCAUAUUUAUUGGUGGAAGUAUGCAACAGAAAUUUUAAUUCAAUUGAAAUUAGUUGAAACAUUUCCAGAUCUUAUUAUUAAGGCUCAAAAUGAUUUCAUUGUAUAUGGUAAACUUGAUCGAUUUCUUUUCAAAGAAUCAAUUAACUUGAUUUUACAAAAUAUAUGUGAUGAUAAACCAUGGAAACAAGAUAUGGAUGUCAUUUUAUCAAUAAAUAAUUGUAAAAUUGAAAAUUUAAAGAAUUUUUCAAAUUUGAACCUAUUAUUAAUAUGUAAUGAUUUAUUAAAAAUUAAUUCAAUCCCAUUAGAAAAAAUCAAAGAAAUUAUUUAUUUGGGAAAAUCCGCUAAUAAGCAAGAAUUUAUUACAACUGAUAUUAUUAAUUUAGUAUUUAGUGAUUUAGAUAAUAACAAUAAUAUAAUUCCUAUUACAUCAUUUAUUACAAGAAGUCUUAAACUUAUUUCUUUGGAAUCAGAAAUUCGUGGAACUCUUUAUAGAAAUAUAUUUUCACAAUAUUCUUUCAAACUGAUGAACGAUUGUAUAAUUGAAAAAAUAUUUGAAACCGAAAUCCAACAAAACGAACAAAUAUUUUUCAUGAUAAUUAAGAAUCCUGAAGAAGCUUUACAACUUUCAAUUAGAUUAAAAACUAUCAAUGAUAAUAUUAAAUACAUCAACUCGAAUAUGGCUGAGUUUUGCUGUGAAAUAAUUCAAAAGAUUUUCAGUAAAUUUAAACUAAAUGAAUUGUUACCUUAUUUCAAGAAUUCAAUUGAUUCACUUAUGAAACAAGAAAAUUUGCCUUUGCAACAAAUAACUUCAAUUGCAUUUCUAAAAGAAUUUAUAAAUAAAUACUGGAAAAAUUACUUCCAAGAAGAUAAUUCUUUAUCUAAAUCGUUAAUUAAAGAAAUUAAUGAUAUUAUGAAGAUUAGUGAUGUCCAAUCAAUAAAUUCUUAUUUCAUACUAGAUUUGUAUAAAAAAAAUUCUUUUAAUAUAAAGCAAUUUGAAAUAUUAAAGAAAGAAUUUAUAUGUUUUGAAAACCAAAAGUUUAUUGAUAUAGAAACAAAUACCAACACGGAAAUGAAUUUACUUCCCAAACUUUGGAAACCAGUUAGAAAAGUAGAUUUUAAAGAUUUAUAUACUUUUUAUAUUGCAAACUUAAAUGAAUAUCCGUUUCUUUCAUUAUUUUUUAAACAUUAUAAUAGAUUAAAACUCAUCAAGUAUCUAUAUCCAAUUAUCAGAUUUGUGAAAAUUCUAAACUCUAAACUUGAAUACCAUUUAACUAGAGAAGCAGCUCAAAUUAUGUCAUUUCAUGAAUUUAUUAAAAAAGAAUCAGUAGAUGAAAAAGAAUAUAUUAAUUUGAAAUCUUUAUUUGAAGAAUUUGCUUUUGGCUGGAAUUCUGUUAUUAGUCAUAUUAAUCAAUAUCAAUCCGAAGUUGACAAACCAUUUAUGACUCUUGAUCUUCCUGUGAUAUUUGGAUUGGUUGAACAAAAAGAUGGUGGAGUUUAUUUAUGUGCAAUUGUGGAAUUUUUAAUUAAAUUACAUAAUGAAUUUUUAAAUGAUGUUAUGGCUAUUCCAAUUGAAAAAUGUAAAAGUUUUAACUUUAUAAAAGAUUUUUCUUGGAAUUGUUUGAAUUCUAAAAUAUAUUUCACUACAUCAACAGUAACACAAACACAAGAAAAGAAUUUUAUUAAUUAUGAAUGGAGUGAUAAAAUUUUAAAGUAUAAUCAAAGAAAUCAAAGAAAUCUGAACAUUGAAGAUAAUGUAGACUUUAUAUUUGAUUUACAAAAAAUUGAGAUAAAAUUGGCAAGAAAAUUGAUUCUCUAUAAAAUUUAUUUUGAAAUGGAAAAUAAUCAGUUCUAUUUAAAAAAUUUUUCAUUUAUGCAUGAAUUAUUUCAUAAUUCUUCAAGUAUUCUUUUUAAUAUUAAAAGGUUCUUGCCACAAGAACCUAUCUUGGCAGAUAAAAUGAAAAUUGUAUCUUCAAUGUUUCAGAAAUCAAUAAUUUUAAAUAAUCCAUCCAAUUCGAUUAAUUUAUCUGAAUUAUUGUUACUUUUUGAAAUUAUUCUUUGUUUCGUUAAAGAAUUAUCGAUUAAAAAUAAUAAUAUUCUUAUCUUAAAUUUAGUUAAUCAAUGGCUAAAAUUAGCAAGAUAUAAUGUAACAUACACAGAUAUAUUUAAGGAAUUUUCCUUAAAACAUAUUAUUGCAUUUUAUGAACUAAUUGAAGAACAUGUGGCUAAUUCUGUAAUUUGUGACAUUGAUGAUAAAUUUAAAAUUCCAUUAACACAAUAUAUAAUGGAUUCAAUUAAUAAUAUUAUAGAUUAUCAUAAUUCAGAAAAUCAACAACUUAUUCCUGCUAAAGCAUUUGUUCUUGCUUUAAAAAGAUUUAUUUAUAGAUAUUUAUUGAUUGAUUCAAAUAUUGAAAAUAUGAGCUUACAUAUAUAUUUCUUGGAUUUUACAUUAAAUCUAUGGAUUAGUAAUAUAAAAGAAGAAUUAAUUAAAGAAUUAUUUCCUACUUGUUUGUUAGUAUCUCAUGCUUAUAAUAGUUAUGUAUAUUUACUUGAUGAGAUUGAGAAAGCAUCAAAUGAAAGGCAAAAUAGCAGAAGCUUUGCAUAUACAUCAUUAACAACAACUAGGAAAACAUUAAUUAAAAAAUAUAAAAAAUUUACUGAUUAACUUUUAUUUACUUUAUCUUUUAAAUUAGAAGACAUUAAAAAGUUGUAUCUAUUGUUGUUUUUUUAUUUUAAAUAAAUUUUUGUUAUUUUAUGAAUAUUAUGCUACUAAAAACUAAAAA